CAGGCUCCAAGGCCCGUCUCAAUCAGGUGUAAUGGAGGCUUCCAGAAGGAAGUGCCAGCUGUUAAUUCCUUGGAACUUAUUCCCACUGUAACUUGUUGGGUGUGUUUUGAUGAUGUUGGUCUCCAUUAGAAUAAACUGUGGUCUCACCUCCUCCUCUUCCAAUUAUCAGGAUUGAUGAACAAAAAGCUGAACUGAAGAAACAUCAAUUUGAGCAGAGAGAAAUGUAUAAGAAAGCACUGGAAUACCAGCUGAAACACAGGCCUUCCAGACUGCCCAUCUAUGAGCCCAUGGGCACCUUCACCAACUUUGGGCAGAAUGAGAAGACCCUGGAGGCCGAGAAGCGGCAGAGAAAUAUUGAAUACAUGAAGCAGCAGGUGGAAGCUGCUGCAGGCCACAAAAGACAGCUUAUCCUCAGCCACAUAAAAAAUCUACAGCAAGAAAAAGAAAAGCUCCAGAAAAACCAAGAAAAGUAAGGGGCCUGGUCCUUCCUUCCCCACCAUAACCCUCUCCUCCUUUCUCUCCCUCUCCUCCCCCACCCCUUGACACCGACCUUAGUAGAAACAUGUGUGGACACGUGGAGAGUCAUGAAUGACCCUAGCUCGCCCCAGCCUGCUUCUCAUCUCUACUCCCCUGUCAACUUCUGAGGCUGUUGCAUGUCACAAGCCACCUUAUGGGAUGAGUAUAUAUCCAGGGAUUAAUGUUUUACAUUCAACAGUAAAUACAAUAGUUUGUACAUGCAUAACAUUUCUCAGUUUUCCACAUAACAAUACAAACUGCACUAGAUGCUCUGUAAUCAUUUUUGGACAUGGACUCUCCCCCCACUGCACCACAGAGUCUUUUACUUUGGUGCAAUACAGCAACUGCAGUUCUGGUUCUACUUGUGUUUUCUCUUCUGAUCUUGUUUUUCAACUUCUGCCUAGGAGUGAGAUCAUCCCAUACUCAUCCUGUUUCUGACUUAUUUCAUUUAACCUAAUUUCUUCACACUCCAUCCAAGAUGGGCUGAAAAUGGUGAAGUCACCAUUUUUAUCACUGAGUAGUAUUCCAUAGUGU